UUGAAGGUUUUACUGCGUGGGAUUCACUGCUUUAACUACUCUGUCAGAGUUAGUUAUCUGAACGAUUACUUUGGAAAUAUCUGAAUUUAUCUUAGGUUAAGUUUUUAUAUUAACAUUUAUAUCAAUUUCCGCUGGCAUCCAACACAAUGAUCAAAUGUAUUAUUCUUUUUGUUGAGUUGUUCAUCAUUUAUCAGACUCUGGGUGAUAACACUGAGGGCUCAACAUUUACUUAUCAUGACACCAAUGAAGUUGUGCAUGAGGAUGAGAUUUACCACACCCCUCAGUUGGACUACAAACAUCCGCAGUGGUGUCAUAGACUCAAGCUUACCAGCGGGGAAGUGUCCUGUACGUCACCUCAAGGUGGACGCCACCACAGCACACUUGGUACUCGCUGCAUGCUGUCCUGUGAUCGUGGAUAUAAACGGCUGGGACGAUCAUCAGUGCAGUGCAUGCCAAACCGCCGCUGGUCUGGAAGUGCUCUCUGUCGAAGGAUACGUUGCCAGGUACUGUCUGUGAUUGACCACGGUAUGUACAGUUGUAAUCGGGAUUUUGUGGUGGACUCCAGGUGUGACUACACCUGCGACGAAGGUUAUCAGAUUGAGGGAGAUCGCUACCGCUUGUGCCAAGAAGAUGGAAAGUGGAGCGGCACAGAACCCACAUGUGCAGAUUAUGACCCUCCCAAACUGAAAUGUCCUUUGUCCAGAGAGAAGGUAGCAGAACCAGGAAAACUAACCGUCAUGGUUUCCUGGGAUCGUCCUGUAGCUAAAGAUACAGCUGAUCGAGCAUUACGGGUUUUGCGGAAUGGACCAGAGUCGGGAUCUGACUUUCCUGAAGGAACACAUGUGGUUCGAUAUAAAGCCUAUGACCAGGCUGGCAACAUGGCGACCUGCAAGUUUACAGUCCACGUUGAAGUGAGACGCUGUCCAAAGCUGAAGCCGCCGAUGCAUGGCUAUCUGACAUGCUCAUCUGAUGGGAAUAAUUAUGGGGCUAUAUGUGAAUACCACUGUGAUCCUGGCUUUGAAAGGACCGGUUUUGUGACACGCGUUUGUCAGCUCAACCGCAGCUGGUCUGAUGAAGCAGCUCAGUGUGUAUUAAUGGACAUAAAAACAGAUGUGAGAUCAGCUGGCGCUCUGCUCGAUCAGUUUUAUGAAAAAAGAAGACUUCUUGUUGUAUCUACACCAGAUAACGGUAACCAGAAAUACAGACUUCAGAACAUGAUGCUGCAGAAGGCUGGUUGUGGUCUGGAUCUGCGUCAUGUGACUGUGAUCGAGCUGUUAGGAAGUCCUCCUCGAGCAGUGGGCCGCAUUAAAGAACAGCGUCUACAGCCUGAGGUUAUUGAGGAUCUUAGACAGGCGCUGCAUAUCUCUAUGGCAUAUUUCACCAUGGUUCUUCUGGAUGAAUAUGGUGUGGAUCGUGAGCGUUUUGUUAACCCUACCAACUCCGAAGAGCUUUUUUCCUACGUAGACGAGUUUCUGCUCACAGAGGAGGAGCGAGAGAGACUGGAGAUGAACGGGGACUUCUGUGACUGACCAACUAAAAUGUUCAUCAACAGGUCAACAGGUCAUCAACAUACAUGCACCUCAAGAAUCUCCUAAAUAACUACACACUUGAGGUAUUGUUAACAGAGAAUCACAGCUGGAAAUGUGAUUUGGAACAGGUUUUAAUCUGCCAGUGGAAAACUGCCAGGUGAGGUUGCAAAAGAUACAUAUUCUAAAGAAAAUAUUUUUAACUAGGGCGAUACAGGAAAAAAUGAUCACAAUAUAAUGUUUAAUAUCAUUCGGUAUCGAUAAUUAUUGACAGAUUUUUACAAUCCGAUUAGGAAAAUUAGGAUUUUUUUAUUUAACCAUUUUACUUCAAUUUACCAACAUUACUAAAGGCAAAUAGUUUUAAUAGUCAGAAAUAACAAAAAUAAACAAAAAAAAUCUUGUCUCUUAUGUCUCAUAAUAAAAUAAACAUAAGUGCUAAAGAGACUUAAACUUAAUAAAUAAAAUGUUACAAAGUGUGUGCAAUGAUAAAUUGUAAACGCUGAACAAUCAAAGCAAACUUUAAGGGAGAUCAACAUCUGUAUACAUAAUAAUAAUAAUAAUAACACAGUAAACCACUAACUCUUAACAAAAAUUAUGAUAAUCAAAUCUGAGCUUUCAAAUAAAGGAACCAGCCAUCAUUAUUCAAAUACAUACUGCAGAAUUACAAAUUGUGAAGUUGACUGACUACAUUACCCUUAUGUUAAAAACUCUUUCAGAUGGGGAGCUAGUGGCUUGGAUGUACAAGAAAAGAAACCAAAAAGCCACUCUGGCGACAUCCUUACAUUCUUUUUUAUUUACAAUCUCUUCACUGCUGCUUUUGGCUCUAAUUUUCGCGUGUGUUGUUAUUCUGACCUGAGGUGGCGAAACCCAACCAGAGUCCGUUCACAUGCUGGGUGUAAAAGCAUGAGCGUGUGGAUUCGGUUUCCUUUUCAAUGAGCUUUGUGCUCGCACUCCUCUGGUGUCUCUCAUAACUAGGUGACCAUCAACCAUUUUCUUAGAGGAUGACAAAUGAACAAACCAUUGCUGCGGUUUGCAUACUAGUUUGUAUUUAAUAAGAGAAUGAAAAAGCACUGCAGUGUUUGUCUGAGUCUGCCAUUAUUACUGAAAUGUGUAUAUUGCAUACAAAGUGUGAAGCAGAUUGGUUAGUUCUACUUGCAUGAAUCGCGGUGCACAUGCAGCAUUCUGAAAUGUUUUCAACUAGGUGCGCCUGGAAAAUAAUUGGAAAUAACCCAUAAGCUUAAUGGCAUUCCUUCCAAGGCACGUGCCCUGCAGCCAUAUUUUAACUAGGCUAUAGCACUUCAUACAGAACUUUUCAGAACUAAUCGUUAUUGACAAUGGUGUUCGGUCAAUAAAUAUCGAUACUGUUUUAUCGGCCCAGCCCUAUUUCUAACCAUCUAUAUUCAAGUGCACAGCACAUUGUGUGAAUUCUUAAAAAUAUUUAAUAUUUAUUAAAAGAUGGUAUUUUCAGUUAGCUCCUCAAAACAAGGUGCUUACAAUGGAGUACAUCAGCAUUUAAACAUCAAAACACAUUGUGGUUAAAUAUGUCAAACAUUCUGAGCUACACAUCACAUUUAAACUGAACUAAAAUAUUUUUAAGAACAUCAUUAGAAUGAUGAUGUACCUGAAAACCUAAAUUCUGAUACAACAUUUAUAGGAAAUAAAUAAAAUUCAGAUAUACACA